CACGCUUUUAUAAAAAUUACCAUCAUUGGCCGUUUUCUUCAAUGUGAUUAAUUUCAAUAAAAUAUAAACACUUAUUUAUGACCUAGAUAUAGAAAAUACCAGGUGAUCCAGUGUUUGUUGUGAUUUUUUUUAAUUCUUGAAACGUUGUUGUUGGUACAACCGUUGUAAUUACCAUCAUUUUAUUUUGGUUUAUUGAAGUGUGGUCUUUUAAUUGAAUCAACAUGACAUUACUUUGGGGGGCGCUUACAAUAGCGCUGAUAUCAAUAUCAGGCAGUAAUGUGAAUGGAUUACAAUAUACACCAUUUAUCUCGGCACCUGUUUCUGGAAGUGGAUGCGCACUUUUAUUAAAUGGUGGACGUUCAAGCUCAUUUGAUUAUAAUAUAAAUUUGUUGCGAGGGUCUGCUGUGCCUUAUCAUACCGGUCAAACUUGUAUCACAUAUGAUGCAAUAAAUGCAGCUUACAUCGAUGCCAGAAAACGUAUUGAUAUAGCUCAACAAAAAGGAGAAUGGAAACCUGAAGAAGUUGCAACAGUUGGGGAACUAUUAUUAGACAUUUCUAUUCAAUUGGCAAGAACAUAUGGCUUAAGUUAUGAAGAAAUUGAAAAAGGCUUACCAUUAAUUGAUACAAGUAAAACAUUAAUUGCUGAAGCAUGCCCACCAGUGUUUACAAAUGUAGAAUGCCGACCAGGCAAAUAUCGACGAUUUGAUGGAUUAUGUACGAAUUUAGAACAACCUACGUGGGGUGCAGCCAAUCAACCAUUCCAAAGAUUACUGAGUCCAUUAUUCGCAGAUGGUAUAAGUGCACCUCGUAUUAGUGUUACUGGAAAUGAUUUACCACUAUCAAGAGUUGUAUCUCGAACAAUGCACCCUGAUGAAGGUUACCAUGAUCACGCUGGUACCGUUAUGAUAAUCGCUUGGGGACAAUUCAUGGAUCAUGAUUAUACAUUAACAGGAACUCCAUUAGAUCCAAUCAAUCGUAACGAUCCAGAAGAAUGUUGUCAUCGUCCACCACAUCUAAAGCAUCCAUACUGUAAUGAAAUUUACAUACCAGAUGAUGAUUACUUCUAUAAAUUAUUCAACGUAAAAUGUGUUGAUUUUGUACGAGCGUUCCCUGGUGUUAGACCUGGAUGUAAAUUAGGUUCCCGUAAUCCAUUCAACACUUUAACUGGUGUUAUAGACGCAAACACUGUUUAUGGCGUAACAGAAAAAUUCGCAAGAAAAUUACGUACUGGUUAUGGUGGUUUAUUACGUAUGAAUCCAGUCUUCAGUGAGUACGGAUUAAAAGAUCUACUUCCAUUAAAACUUGAUAUCCCUGAUGAAGGAUGUACUCGUCCAAAUCGUUCCAUGUUCUGUUUUGAAGCUGGUGAAAUUCGAGUAAAUGAACAAUUAGUAUUAACAUGCAUGCACACACUGUUGGCUCGGGAACAUAACCGUUUAGCAACUGGACUUGCACAAGUAAAUCCACAUUGGGAUGAUGAAACUUUAUUCCAAGAAGCAAGGAGAAUAAAUAUUGCUAUUGUACAACAUAUUACAUACAAUGAAUUCUUACCAAUAUUAUUGGGUAAAGACAUUAUGCAAAAAUUCGGUUUAAUAUUGGAGAAAGAGGGAUAUUGGGAUGGUUAUGAUCCAACAGUAAAUCCAGAUGUAAUUGAUGCUUUUGCAGCUGCUGCAUACCGAUUUGGACAUUCGUUGUUACCAACUGUCGUUGAACGAUGGAGCAAAGCUCACAAAUUUAUUGCCUCAAAACGUCUCUCAGACUUAAUUCGUCGACCUUACGAUUUAUAUCGUGCAGGAGUAAUUGAUGAAUACUUUAUGGGCCUUAUGAACCAAGUGGCACAAGCUAUGGACGAUUCAAUUACACAAGAAGUCACAAACCAUUUAUUCAAAAAAGUUGGUGCUCGUUUCGGAAUGGAUUUAGUAUCAUUUAACAUGCAACGUGGUCGUGAAUUUGGUUUACCUGGUUACAUGGAAUAUCGUAAAUUCUGUGGUUUGCCAGCUGCCAAUACAUUUGAGGAAUUAUUUGGAUCAAUGCCUAAUGAAACUGUCCGCAAAUACUCAACAAUAUUUGAACAUCCAAAUGAUGUAGAUUUAUGGUCAGGAGGUGUAUCAGAACGAGCUGUACCUGGUAGUAUGCUUGGGCCAACAUUUGCUUGUAUUAUUGCAACACAAUUCAGUUAUUCAAGACGUGGUGAUCGUUUCUGGUAUGAAUUACCAAAUCAACCAUCCUCAUUCACACCAGAACAAUUGCAAGAAGUUCGUAAAGCCAAAAUGUCACGACUUAUUUGUGAUAAUACCGAUUUAAUUGACACGAUACAAGUAUAUCCAAUGGUUUUACCAGAUCACGAAUUAAAUCCACGUGUACCAUGCCGCAGUGGAGUAUUACCAAGUAUUGAUUUAUCAAAAUGGGCAGAAUUUCCAACGAAUUCGCAUCAACAACCCUACAUCAGUAACUUUGCUUACAGUCCGUUCCUUACAGGCAAAAAAUAAAAUUAGUAAUUAUUUAUAGAUAUGAAUAUUCAAUUAGUAGACGUUUAAUGAAACAUAUGAACUGUAUUAAAUAUUUGAUCAUUCUUUAUAGCAAUUUUAAGGGAUUAUUCAAAAAUAAGCCUCAUUCUAACUUUUAAUUAAGAGGAUAUAACACCACAACCAGCUUCCUCUAUUCAAUACUUAAUUGCCAUAUGUUAAUUUGUUUACAAAAUUGAGAAUAGUAAAUCGGGCUUAUUUUGAUUCUAGGUUUUAAAUUCUUACUGAAAUGGAUAGGCCUUUAAGUCAUUUCCAAAUAUUUAUAUUUUGUGUACUUGGUUGUAUAUUUUUUAAUUUGAGGAUAGAGACAUCUA